GGCGCGAUCGGUGACGCCACUGUCGACAGUUAGCGGUCGUUCGUCGAUCCGAGCGGUUGUUGGAUUGUUGCGUCACAAAACGUUCUAGUUCGGCGCGCCUUCCUGUCACUUUCGUCAACGAGCGAUAGUGCGUUACAGCAAUCGGAACGGAGCGGAACGUAGUAAAGAUGGGUGAGAAAGCUGAGCACAUCGUUAUGACGCCAAAGUGCAAGACGGCCAACUCCACGACGUUGAUAAUCGAGAGGCAGGCUCUGGACCCUCCGACGGAGAACGGGAACAACGUUCACGUCGCCGGUGGUGACCACAAGGGGAUCGUCAUUAACAAACAAGCCGUGGCCGUGACAAAUGGCGAGCUGCCUCCCGCUCAACUGUGCCUGCAAUUCAGAGUAUUCCUGGUGAGUGCGCAAACCGGCAAGCACACGCAGGAACAGAGGACCCUUCAAUUCUGGUUUGUCGAUACACUCGCCGAGGCGGAACAGCCGAGCGUCGCACAAGAAUUUUUUCGAGAGCUCGUUACGCCGCAGGAGUUCCCUAGAGAUUACGUGGGAUUUAUUAAAAAGAUAAUGAAAUUGAUGCAACAUAAAUAUCCAAGUAUUAAAAAAUUGGAAGUGGAAUUGAGGCAGUUGGAAGAGCCAAUCACCCUUCCAAGCAGGCCAUCUACUGGUCACUUACUAUUCACACUUCCUCCCUCUGAGAAAGUUAUGUGGAGCUCAGUAUCUACAGACGAAACCGUUAUGGGUCAAGUGAUUGAGCUAACGGUAGAAAAAGUUCUGGAGCUUAUUGAGUCUGCCUAUCCGAAUCCAGUCACCGUGGUUGACAUCGCAAAGGAACAUGGGUGGGAACCAUCUGCUGUGGAGACUAAAUUGAAAGAGCUUCAAGAGAAAGGGCUCGUUAAAGCAAUGGAUCAUGGCGCUUUUACACGUGUUGUUGAAGAUACCCAAGUCCAAGUGGUAAAACAGAUGCCAACGAUGGCAAGCGCGAAACAACCCACCAUAGCUAUCAUUACAGCUCAAUAUUGUGAAAAACUAGCUGUGGAUUCGUUGAUGGAGAACAAGGAAACCUUUGUUCGCUACACCACUGUUGGUACCGCAAGCUCACCGACAGAUACGAUAGACGGGAUUCCGCGAGUGAUAUGCCGUUUUGGGGAAUCAAAUGUAUAUACUUUGGGCAAUGUCGGUACGCAUCGGAUUGUGUGCACUAAAUUGCCAACUGUGGGACACACCAGGGAAGCAAUGACCGCGGCUGGCAAUACUACUACUAGAUUGUUAGGUACAUUUCAAAAAGUGGAUUUUGUCUUUCUCGUCGGAGUUGGUGGUGGUGUCCCUCAUUAUACAGAUUACAAUAAACACGUGCGAUUGGGCGAUGUAGUGAUAUCGCAUCCGACGCCGCUCAAUAAGAAAUACGCGUAUGUUUAUUGCGAAAGUGCCAAGAUGAACGAGAGCGGAAACUAUCAUUUUGAGACCAAGGAGUAUUGCCCGCCGAAUCUCAGUCUUCAAGAAAUCGCAGCGACUCUCAAGAAACAGGCUGAAAACGAAGCGUUUCCACCGUGGCAGACAUACAUGAGAGAAGGUCUGCAGAAUCUGGUCAAUCAAUCGGAGCAUGACUUUAAUGCGCCACCACCCGAAUCUGAUAAGCUGUACAUGGCAAUUGGGGAGCGGGACGUCAUCGAGGUGUCUCAUCCAAUCGCUCCCCAAGAUUCCAUAAAUAAGAGAAUUGACGGAUACUUCCGAAUUCAUUUGGCGCCGGUAGCGUCCGGUCGACAAGUCGCGCGAGACGAUCAACUCAGGCAAAAGUUUGCGAGUCGAUUCGGCGCGCUCGCAUUCGACGCGGAAAUGGAUGCUGUCGUAGAGAGCAUCUUGGGUAAUUGCCGCGAGAAUUUCGUUGUAAUUCGUGGGAUUGCCGAUUACAAAGACGGUACUCGAAUCAAAGAGUGGCAGCCUUACGCGGCACUGGCGGCAGCCAGUGUAAUGAAAGCUAUAAUCUGUGCUAUGGAUCCACCAACUAAUGACUAAUAUCGCUUCUCGUCUAGUUUUUCUCACUUGAUUUUACACGGCGUGCAACGCGACGCGCAGAAUUUUUCAUAGGGCAAAGGAUAAGGUCUAAAAUCAAAAGGCGGAUUAGCGCAUAUUGCACAAAGUGCACAGAAAUUAUUGAGCUACUUUUAGUAGGUUCUUUACUAAAUUAAAUAAUAUUUACGGUUAAACAGAGGGUUGCACAAUACUUUAUAUUACAGAACAAUCAAUGCGCCGCGCUCAAAUCUUACAAUUUUUUUAGUGCCAUUUUUACAACAUUUACUUACAACAUUACUUUUUUUUAAGACGUUUUUAUCCAAUAUUCAAUCUGAAAUCAAGACAGUCAAAUACUUUCGAGAGCAUCGAGAAAAAUAUUUGACUGUCAUUGGUCAUGAGUUUUUAUUAAAUUCUGCUUCAAGUUUUUACACGUCAAGGCUUGAAAAGAAAAUAGUGCCAUUGUUACUUCCCAUAAUUGACGCAUAAUUUUUGCAAUCAGAUAAUUUUUUUCUUAGUGAAAAUAAACUUACGUGCAUUCGUGUUAGAUGUAUGUUAGCUGGGAAACGUGUUACGAACACAUACAUGUUCGACCGUGAACACCAAACAAUCAGAGGCAACAAAGACUAAUGACGCUUUAAAAAAAUCAUUCUCUAGAUAGGUAAUGAAUUUAAUAGUGACUGUCUAACUUAUCUAAUAGCGCUACUGUUGCAUUCGUACUUGCUAUGGUUAGGACGAUUAGACGUUGCACCAAGUCCAAACGAGAUACCAGUUAGGCAAAUUAUAAACUGUUCUAGUGGUAGGUAUGACAGACGCAACUAUGGAACUGAAAGUACAUUUGACAGUAUUUACCAAAUCGAAAUGAAAUUGUCGUUACAGUAUAUCGCUGAAGUAAUUAUUAAAUGUUUACCAGAGUAUAUAUUGACGUUUUCAACAGAUAUAUAUGCAUUCUAUAUUCACACGGUAUACAUCUACGAGGAUCAAUGAACAAGAGCAUUUUUCUAGAUUACAGAGAUGCGCAACAAAGGUUUCUAUUACAAUGUGCCAACGUGUUCAUACUUGUUAAAUUCACUGCCCUUUUAAAAUCUGGAUACUAUCCUCGUAAAGUUUUUCGAGACUAAUUUUCUCUAUCCUUAGAUAAAAUCUCAUUGGUAUACUAAUUCUUUCGAUAUAAUUAAGGGCUUCUACAUUUACAGGGUAGUUGACAAAAACUUAAUAUCUAAAUAUCAAAUUUAACAAUGGACCUAAAGCAUAGAAAAAGAUGUGCUAUACAUAUAUGACAUAUGUAUAUGUGUUAAUGGUGAAAGGAAUCUUGAAAUUUUAACAAAAGUC